AUGGUUUCAAGGCGUGACAGAGAGCUACUAAGAGAUAAUAUCCGAUCUCGGGGAGCCAAGCUAAGUGCUACCGAUCGGGAAAAUAUCAUGAAGCCAUACCUUCCAGACCCAUCAGAGCUACCGCGGUGGCCACCUCAGCGGCGCAGAAAGCUUCCCCGAAAAACUCCAAUCCGUACAUUCAUAAAAUCGCAAAUUCACCUCAUAACCUAUACCUUCCUUCACAUUUUCUUUGGUAUCGCCGUGCGACUCGUUCAGACCUAUCAUGCUGUUCUGGAUCGAAUUCUGGCGAUCAUUUACUAUCACCACCGAACACCAGAACUGAUACGGAAAGAUGUAAAGGACCUGGAUCGCUUACCCGGGCACUUGAGCGUGAUUUUGUCUCUCCGCAAAGAAGAUGACGCCCUGCCAAUCUUGAUGGACGAAGUUGCGGAGCUUGUAUCUUGGUCUGCUAGUGCUGGCAUACCAGUACUGAGUGUCUACGAGAAGAGUGGUCUCCUCAAAUCGUGUAUUCCCAUGUUACACCAAGUCAUCACCAACAAGCUGUCUUCUUACUUUGGCUCCUUGCAGCAGCCUACACUUCAACUCUUCGCACCACACCACCCAAUAUACAAAACUCGUCCGGCUGGUGACGCCGCCAAAAAUUCUCUGGUCGUCCUUUUAUUGUCUGCGACCGACGGCCAGGAAACCCUCGUCGAUUUGACAAAGACUCUGGCAGAGAUGUCCCAGAAUGGAAAACUCUCACCGGACGACAUCACCAUGGAAUUAGUCGAUGCGGAGAUCAGCGAGAUCACUACACAGCCAUCCCAGGAUGUUGCACCGACUGCGAACGACCACAAAGUGUCAAAACCCCUUCAAGUCAAGCCAGAGCCGGAUCUCCUUCUUGUCUUUGGACCUUCACUGAAGCUUAAUGGUUACCCACCCUGGCAUAUACGCCUGACUGAAAUGUACUGCACGGGAGUCAACAGUGAUGGGUUUACAGGCUACGGUGAUAAUGUGGAGUAUCAAGGAUUUCUCAGAGGCCUCUGGCACUAUGCUGGUGCACAAAUGAGGUUUGGACGAUGAGAGCAUUUGGUAGGACAUGCAAUUACACUGUUCAAUCUGUGAGGGAAUCGUUCAUUGCGCUGCCGUUAAAGUACGUGCUAUGGCAGAAGCCUAUUCUGGAGACGAUGAUUAACGGAUGCUCGGCUGAGGUAAGGUUUCUAUAAUAUAUCUCGUACUCAUGGCUUAGCAUCACUGCCUUCGCGAGCAUGCGCGGUUGGGAUGAUAAUCACGGCUAUCAAUAGCCGAUAUGGUAA